AAGAUAUAUCGAUAGUAGUUUAUAAUUACACCCUUUUUUUUUAUCUUAACAGCUGAUUUUUCAACGGGUACCGGGUGGGUUAGAAGAUAUUUGGUGUUGGACAGGUCCAGUGAUACUAUUAUUUUAUCAUUGCCUAGCCUUAUUUUAUUGUUCUUUUCUUUUUAAAUUAAUACUUUGCUAUUAACAUAAUAGUUGCAAUGUUUUCUCAACGUUUAAUGUGUAUUUGCAAAAAUGCCAGAUCUUUCUCAACUACGUCCUUGAAAAAUGUUAAAGUUGCUGUAUGUGGGGCCAGUGGUGGUAUAGGACAGCCUCUCUCAUUGCUUUUAAAGCAGUCGCCGUUAGUAACUGAGCUUUCACUUUAUGAUAUUGUUCAUACACCUGGAGUAGCUGCAGAUCUUAGUCAUAUUGAUUCAAAGUCUGUAACACGUGGAUCAAAUGGACCUGAAUCAUUAAAGACUGCCUUAUCUGGCAUGGAGGUUGUUAUCAUUCCUGCUGGAGUACCAAGGAAACCUGGAAUGACCCGUGAUGACCUUUUUAACACAAAUGCAUCAAUAGUCAGAGACUUGGUGGAUGCUUGUGCUAAAUACUGCCCGAAGGCCCUGAUAGGAAUCAUUUCAAAUCCAGUUAACAGCACAGUCCCAAUUGCUGCUGAGGUUUUAAAAAAAAAUGGAGUAUUUGACCCAAAACGUUUAUUUGGAGUUACUACAUUAGAUGUUGUUAGAGCCAAUACAUUUGUUGCAAAUGCUAAGGGACUUGACCCUCAAUCUGUAAGUGUUACAGUUAUAGGAGGCCAUUCUGGUGUAACUAUCAUUCCUCUUUUGUCACAAGUAAAACCUAAAGUGGAAUUUAAAAGUGAUGAACUAUCAGCAUUAACUACUAGAAUUCAGGAUGCUGGAACAGAAGUUGUUAAAGCAAAAGCUGGAGCCGGUUCAGCUACACUAUCAAUGGCUUAUGCUGGAGCACGUUUUGCAAUAUCUCUUUGUAGAGGUCUCAAAGGAGAGUCGAAUGUCAUUGAAUGUGCUUAUGUAGAAUCAAAUGUUACCGAAGUACCAUACUUUUCAACACCAGUAAUUCUUGGGCCAAAUGGAAUUCAGAAAAAUCUUGGAUUGCCAUCUGGUCUUUCUAGUUAUGAACAAGACCUUCUUAAAUCUGCUAUCCCUGAACUUAAGAAAAACAUACAGAAGGGUGUGGACUUUGUUCAUAAGAAGUAAUAGAAACUAUUGCUAAUUCAUCAAUUUUUAUCAAUAGGGGCAUCUCAAUGGAAUCAUUUAUUACUUUGAAAUUAUCAAUUUUGUUUCUUACAUACCAUUUAUUGCCAAAGCUGUAUAUUUUCAUGAAAUUUAAGGGAGGGGGGGGGCAUAAUUUCAUUGUUGAAUAAUUGUUAUCUUAUCAUAAAAGAUAUUUAUCCAAAAAAUAUUUUUAUUAUUUUUAUAAUGAUAUUUAAAAUAUAAAAAUUAUUUUUAAAAUAAUUAAAAAAAACUGGUAAUAAUAUAAUAAAAUGAUCACUCAUUAUUUAUUUUUAAUACAGAUGUAAGGGAAAUUUAUUAAUUCUAUAUUACUGAAUCAUAAUGUUUUUUUGGAAGAAAAAUUGUUUGCUUGGUAAAAAUGUUUGCUAUAACUUAUAAACUUCUCAAUAAACCUUGCUGAUGAUAUAUGAUACAUUUAAUAUCAAUGUUUAUGAUUUUGUUGUAAGGUCGUUGUUUAAUGACACAAUUAAUGAUAUUUCAGUGAUCAUAGGUUUAAAGAUUUGGAAAUUGAUACAUGUACCAUAUAUAAGAUUAUUUACAAAACAUCAAUAUUGUUUAAAAACUUAAUUUAAUAUUAUUUAAAUCAACUCAUAUGUAAUAGAUGUUUGUAUAUAUUCACAUAUAUAUGUGCAAAUUUUCAUGUAUAAAGAAAUUCAUCCUUAUGCUAAUGUAUGUGUAUUAAUUAUUAAUAUUCCAUAUUGUUCUUUAGAUCUUUGCUUCUAAUGAAAUUGUAAAUUAUUUUGUAACAUUUAAUUUGAAAUGAAUUGUUUGUUAUUGUAAAUAAUACUAGUCAUUCUUAUUUGUAAUUCACCAAUAAAAUCAUAAUGGUUCCUGAUUG